AUGGGUCACAUUCGUCAUUUCUCACAGGCGAUCCGCGACGACGAGCAGCUCAAGCUGAAGAUCCGUGCCCAAAAAUCUUUUCUGUGCGGGGAACAAGGAAAGGUGAAUGCCGCCGCCGUGAUCUCGAAUGCUGACAUGCUCAAGCGGCUCAUCAUCGCCUGGAUGGGCCACGUGAAAUUCAAUACCGUGCCCCACUUGGAGAAGCUCCUCCUGCACUUGAGGGAUGCCUGGGAUGUCGAUAUGGGCGACAAGGACCUGAAGAAAGAGGCGAAGCAGUUCAAGAAGCUGCUGAAUCUCCAUUACGGCAACUUGGUCAUCUUGUCUUCAGUUGCAAUCUUCACAGACUCAGAGGCAACCUUCGUGGAGCAAGCAAGGCUGCAGAAGGACAACAAGCAUGCACUCCGAUUCGAGAAGGUCACGUAUAGGAAGAAGCGGCCAGCCGAGGCCCGGGCUUGCAUCAGGAUCCCCUCUAUCGGAAAGGGUUGA